CCAUGCAGCGGUAGUUGGUGUAGUACCUGUACAUAAGCACUGGAUUUACUUCUUUCGUUGGCAGAGCAAAUCGGACGAGAUGACGAUGAGGCGUGGAACGUCAUAUUAACGUCGAUUACUAAGCUGAAUGCACGUGAUAUCCCGUCCUCGAGAGCUCGAUGUUACUAAUACUACAUUUUCGACUACCCAUAGCUUCGGUCUUAAGUUUUGCAUAACUCGAUACCUUCUUGUAGAUACCAUCACUUCUUGCAGUGCAAAAUCAUCGUCAUGGCGAGCACUGUACCGACCGUCGCCAGACAGGCCUCAAGGGCUUGUAGCCGCCGAGCCGGCUCGAGACCAGCAGCGUGCCUGUCGCCGCUAUGCAUAAAUAACCAUGGUUCCUUUGCCCGACGGUCCUACGUGUCGGCGUCGAAGCCGGUGCAGGCGACCGUCAGUGUCGAGACGGCCAUCAAAUCGGACCAGAAGAAGUUCAUGCAACAGACAGGGAAACGGCCCGAAGAUGUGACUGUUGGGACCGGGUUGCCGGGAGAUGCGAUGCUCAGUCCGAGUGCUGGUAUCCUCAAACAGGCGACCGUCAUGGAUGAAGGAUCGCGGCCGAUCUACCUCGAUAUGCAGGCCACGACGCCCACCGACCCGCGCGUGCUGGACGCUAUGCUUCCGUUCAUGACAGGACUAUACGGCAACCCCCAUUCGCGAACGCACGCGUACGGCUGGGAGACGGAGAAGGCGAUCGAGAAGGCGCGCGAGCACAUCGCCGCGCUGAUCGGUGCGGACCCGAAGGAGAUCAUCUUCACGUCCGGCGCCACGGAGAGCAAUAACAUGAGCAUAAAAGGGGUGGCCCGGUUCUUCAAAAAGGGCGGCAAGAAAAACCAUAUCAUCACCUGCCAGACUGAGCAUAAAUGCGUCCUGGACAGCUGCCGACAUCUGCAGGAUGAAGGGUUCAGCGUGACGUACCUCUCCGUCGACAGCAACGGCCUGAUCGACCUCAAAGAGCUGGAAGCUGCCAUGCGGCCCGAAACCUGUCUGGUCAGCAUCAUGACGGUCAACAACGAGAUCGGCGUCGUCCAGCCGAUGGCGGAGAUCGGCCGCCUCUGCCGCAGCAAAAAGAUCUUCUUCCAUACCGAUGGCGCACAGGCCGUCGGGAAAAUCCCCCUCAAUGUGAACGAGAUGAACGUGGAUCUGAUGUCGAUAUCGGGCCACAAGAUCUAUGGUCCGAAGGGUGUCGGUGCGUGCUACGUCCGCCGGCGACCGCGGGUCCGAUUGGACCCCAUCAUUACCGGAGGUGGGCAGGAGCGAGGACUCAGAAGCGGGACCUUGGCUCCGGCUCUCUCGAUUGGGUUUGGUGAAGCGGCUCGUAUUGCCAAAGUGGAAAUGGAGUAUGAUACCAAGCGCAUCAAGUACUUAUCCGACCGCCUACUCAGUGGCCUGCUUUCAUUAGAGCAUACGUCACUUAACGGAGACCCCAAUCAGCAUUAUCCGGGCUGCGUGAACGUCUCCUUCGCCUACGUCGAGGGGGAAUCCCUCCUGAUGGCGCUGAAAGACAUCGCCCUCUCCUCUGGCAGUGCGUGCACCUCCGCCUCCCUCGAGCCGAGCUACGUGUUGCGGGCGCUGGGCAACAGUGACGAGAGCGCGCACAGCAGCAUCCGGUUCGGCAUCGGCCGGUUCACCACGGAGGAGGAGAUCGAUUACGUGCUGAAAGCGGUGCAGGAGCGGGUGAGUUUCUUGCGGGAGUUGAGCCCGUUGUGGGAGCUGGUGCAGGAGGGGGUGGAUUUGAAUACCAUUGAGUGGAGUCAGCAUUAGGUCGACGGAAAGACGUGUCGCGUGCUUCGUUCGAUGGGAGGGUGUGUUUGUGAUUCUGCGGAACUCGCGUUGGAGCGGAAGGACGGCGGCUCAAUUUGGUUCAAUUGCCCAUGAUAGGCCUCAGGACCCUCAUGCCCGCUACUGUACCAUCUAAUGUACAAAUCUCGUGCUUAAUUACUAGGCACAAUGGACUAUCUAAUCUCCUUCAGCUCUGUCCGAGAAUAUCAUGAUGUUAGAAUUCCCUUUGAUAUCACACGAAGACCUUGUUCACACAAA